UCUGAUCAUGUGACCUUUUUUGAAAUUCUGUGCAAUUCUUUCCUGUUGUAAAAUUCUAUUAUUUGGCUAAAACAGUAACAUAAGAGUAGGUCUCUUCUGAACUUACACUGAAAUAAUCAGGUAUAUGUUUACAUUUGAAUUGUUUUGGAGAUUUCUUCUGUUUCUUCUUUUUUAAACAGGAAUUUACUGACUGACAAUGGCAGAAAAAAUCUUAGAGAAGUUAGAUAUCCUGGAUAAUCAUGCAAAGAUAAUCUUGACCCAGAGAGAAAAGAUAAACUGGCUUCAGAGUGGAAGAAGGAAAAAACCUUUGAUCAGUCCCCUGACAUUUGAUUUUCAGUCGGAAUUUGAACAGCCUAUUGCUAAAUCUACACUUAAAACAGUAUCAAGAAUCACAGAAAACAAAUCAUAUAACAUUAAAAAACAAGAAAGGUAUGUCUCCUUCAAAAGUAAGCCUGAACAUAAAAAGAGUCAUUUUGAAAAGUCCAAUUUAAGACCACACUUUGUUUCAACACAAGCAAAAAUACAAGAAAAUAAAUCAAUAGAGAGACUAGAACCUGUAAAAGAAAAUCUAAAAUCAAGAUCUAUUAGACCUUUUCUUUAUCUUAAGGAUACAUCUGAGGUGGAAAAUCGUUCACAGGAACUAUAUUCACAUAAUGGGCCAGCAUACAGAAGACCAUUUGGUUCCUCAGCCUUUUCUCCUGUGCUCAGCAUUCGAUCUAAUGCUUAUAAAAAAGAAAGAGACUCUACUUUAUCCAGAGCUCCAGCCAAAAAGAAACCUACAGUGGCAUUUGAUUCUGUUGGCCAUUUAGAAGAUUAUAGAAAUAGAAGAAAAACAUCUCCCACACAGAUGAAAGAUUUUAAUAUACAAGAAAGUAAAUCAAGCAGAAAUUAUCAAUUAAGUGAGCAUUGUUCAGUAAGAAAGAAAGCCUUGCUCCCCUUGUGCUUUGAGGAUGAAUUGAAAAAGUCAAAUGCCAAGAUAAUCAACAUUAAUUCACUGAAGACAGCAAUUUCUCAAAUGGCAUAUGGAUAUUAUCCUAUUACUGACAGAGUUGUAGUUCAGGAUAAAUCUCGAAAUGUCCUUUCUGACAAUGAAUGUGGUGCCAUUCCUCUUCAAUUUGUUAUUCCUGUCAUUGUAGACCAUAAGACCAUAUGA